CCGAGGAACGGGUUUUAAAAGCUUUAGGCCAGCCGUCGCGCUAGACACAAUAUUGGCGUGCGGUCUGCGAGCAGGAUCUCCCGACCGGCAAGGACUUCGCACACCACCGCAGCGCACGAACACUGCUGUCCGCCGUCCGCAGGACCAAGGACGACAAGGAGCACAUUCCCGUAGGGGGUACACGUUGCCAUGGGGAUACAGCGAUGGUUACUGUUGGCGCUGGUGGCUGUGGCGGCGGUGGGGGCCCGACCUGCCGAGGACGCUGUUGAAGAGCCGGAGCCUCCCACGAGGACCGCCAGAGCGCAGUACGGCAGCCUCAAGUCCGAGCCACCGCCGUGGGGCUUCCUCUACGCACCACAGCAGUUCAGAGCUCAACAGCCGGUGGCGAUCCCAACUGUCAUCCACCGAAUACCGUCCGUGUACCAGCCGCAGCUCGCGCUCCAGCCAACGAGAGCUGCACAGAGUUUCCAAUGGAACCCCCCAAGAGACGAAGGAUACACCAACCUGUACACCAUCGUCAACGGGGAGUUAGUUACUCCCGUCAGACACCCAGUGUAUCACGUACCUCUCACUACCUCCAGGUUACCGAUUAACAGGUCUCCAUUUUCCCAUUUGCCAUCUACGUUCUAUAGCCAGCAUGAGAACAAUGGUCUCUCGAAGCAGUUGAGUGAAUCCUCCGCAAUUCAGAGAAGUUCAGCAUACUGGGGCUCCGUUCAGAGCGAAGUGCCACGCGCAUCUGGAGGGAUAUUUACUCCAUUUAAUGAAGCAAGGUAUGAUUACACAAAAACCCAAAGUCCACCGCACCGUGUGGGCAAUUUCGGUGUUCUGGGGAAACACGGGUUUGGCAACAUAUUCCAAAAGCCGAAACCGUUAGAGGCUAUAGUAAGAAAUUCAGAUCUACCGAUAAAUUCAGAUUACAUGGCACCAGGAGGACCCAGCCCUUCCACAGGAAGUGAUGAAGAACGGAACUUGAACGCAGAAAGUUUCACUAAUCAAAGCUCUGAGAUUGAAGUGAAGUUGGAGAAAACGUCCAAUAAAUCUGAUACGUCAACAGACGUUAGUCAUCCAAUGGAUCAGGGACUAGUACCACAAACAGAGAAAUUGCCUGAUGAUAGCAAAGAAGUCACAAACCAGAAACAGCCAGCUCCUUUGGGACCCGCCUUGUCAAAGCUACGUCAGAUCCUCGACCGACGGUCGGAGUGGAAUGACUCGCAAGACCUCAUGGACUGGCGCAAGAACUACACCGAUCCGAACAGACCGCCUGGCACGACGACGCUGAUUCUGAAGCCGGAAGCGGAGGCUGUGGCCGGCUGCAAUGGUACCGCCAUAGCGAACCCCAUCUCACACGCCGUGGUGCCCAUAGGCCAACCGGUGGACGUCCACUUCGAACCCAGGGCCGUGGCGGUGGCGGGUCCUGGCGGAAAAGCCAAGGCGCAUUCAGACCUGAUCGUGUCCUUUGUAGCAGCAGCUGUGAGUGAGGAAUCCGACGAAGACGUCACCACGUCCUCACCGAACUGAUGUUUCGACGACGACGAAAUGUGCGUGAUUCCUUCCGUCCUUAGCAGGAGCUAUGCACAAAUGACCUGAUCAUUAGAGCCUAUAUCUGAAAGGUCCAAAAAUACUUCCAGCUCUCUCCAGCUGCGAGUUUAUGGCAUGACACAGGAUGUAUAGCAAGAGUUCUCGUGGACACAUGCCAGUGUUUAGCGAAGGACACAGUGAAGAUAUACAGACAUCCAACUCAUAAUUUCUCAUGAUCAAAGGAGAAACAUUUCUUCACAACAAUAUGGUCGGUAUUCCUCAGAGUUUGUGGUAUUUCUGUUCUGUAUAGCAUUUUUAUCACCGGCGUACUCAGGUACUGCUAAAUAUGAUUGUAGACAUGCUAGCUCCUUGGACUCCAAUCAGGUUGUGAGGUUUCCUGGCAACAAGCCUCUGUUUACGUCCCAGAUCCAUUUCCACCUUCUACCAAGCCCUCUCUUGCUCUGUUCAUUUAGAACAAAAUAAAAGCGUCUCGAAACUUAAUUGUCUAGAUACCUAAUCAGUCGGAAUCCUAAUAAGAAUGCUAGGAAACCCAUUUAAUCAAUUCAUUAAGAUAGCGUGUGAUUAAUUGGCGUUGCCCAGUUACUUAUUUAUUCCAGUAUCACGUUAAAAAGCAAAAGGAAAGGAAUAUGUCUUCGAUUAUUUUGAAUGUCAUCACUUGACUUUCAUUCCCAGCGAUUCUAGGGAUGCCUUUCUUAAAUAGUGCCCAAGUGUGUUGUAAAACUGAUUGCAGUUUCUCUAAGCUUUCGAGAGUUAUCACUUAACACUUCCGGGCUGAGAUGCCGUGGUCCAUAGAUAAAACUCUCCCCUGACGUUUCGCCUUCGAGUGCGGAAGCACCCUCCGAGGACAAUGGGCGAACUGCAAUUGUCCUUGGAGGAUGCCUUCCGCAGUCGAAGGUGAAACGUCAGGGGAGAGUUUUAUGUAUGGACCACGGCAUAUCAGCCCGGAAAUGUUUAGCGAUGACAACACCUGCCGUGAAAGCCUUCAUUUUAUGAUUUCGAGAGUUAUACUCACCCAUUUUUUUCCUUCCAGCGCAAGGAGUGUGCUAACCCCACAGUAUUUUUUGCAUCAAUAAGUCGUAUGUGCAGCAAAGUUCAUAAAAAUAACUCCAAGCGUUUCGAUUUCAUGAGCUACAUAUCACUCUAUACCUUCACCAACAUCGCUACUGAUUAAAUGUCAUCGGCACUGUCACCAAUCAGCUUAUAAACGCCAAACACUAUGCACUUGACACUAAUACCUUUCGUUUUCUAGUAUUUUUUGUUGUCACUGCUUCACUCCUUAGUCCUACCCUGAACGACCCCUACCUGAACCAAAUAUUUUUCACACAGUAAGUAAUAUCAAUAAAUAAUUUGAUUUCAACUGCUCCUAGUAUUUCAGAGUUGUCCACACUGUCACCAGUGUCCCAUCCCCAAAAAUAAGACAACUGUGCCCUGGAGCUGAUAAGUGUACCAAGACGGCUGGAUAUGAUCGACGCACUCUAGAACUAUAUUCGAAAGUAGAAUGGAUUUAAGGUGUAAAUAAUGGAGUUGUUGCAGUCUUGAGAAAAGAGUAUCUCACAUCCUGAUUGGUGUAUAGGAAGCAAGCGCGUUUAAGACCAUUUACAGCCGCCAAAAAGAUGUGAAUUAAAAACGGAAAAAAACCUGUGUCCACACAGAUGGCUAUCUGGAAAAUUUUCUCCUGCCUGUUGGAAAGGACAGAGAACUCAGGUCUCAUUCGUUUCUGUUUUCUCAGAUAUAUGGCAUUCCUUCAUUUCUGUUCUCUCAGAUAUAAGCCAUCUAUCUGUGCUAUUGCAGAUGUGUGGGAAUUAGUCAAGGUCUGGAUAAGUAAAUGUCAUUGCGUAAUGCGAACUGAGGACUGCAAGAAGUAGCAACAAUAAAUCGAACAACCAGCUAUAGCAGUUAUUGUAUCCGUUUCAGAUGAAAGCGAGAUCAUUUGGUUCGUUUUAUCUGAUUUAUGAGUCUUCCUCGAGAGGCUUAAUAUGCUAGCAAAGACUACACGUUGACUAAAAUUGUGAUAAUUAUCUCAGACUCUGUAAUAUAAUGAGAGACAAUUCUACUCAAAUGUCGAUGACCUAAUAGUGCUAGAGGGAAGAAAAUUGCUCAAUAUUUUAUCGAUGAAGGCUAGAUAUCUAAAAGUAUUUUGUAAAAGAGUUCCUAUCUACUGUGAAUAGUGUGCAAUAUCUUUAAUUAGUUACGCAAUUUACGUAGUUGAAUCUAAUUUUAGUUUUCCGUUUUAAAGUAUUGACAGCACUCCACGUUACGUGGACAGAAAGAAGUCUAAUUUAGCAUUUGCAAAAACGUUCUUGCCUCCCAAGGAUGCGAUUUAUUUUUCUUUUUGCAGAUCAAAAUUAUAUACUUUUAUUUACUUUUAUUAUCCUUUUUACCAUCUACAAUACAAUGUAAAAAAUUGACAUUUUUUUAAAAUAUUUCAUUCACAUGCUUUCUUUUUUAUACUCUCAGUGUCUUCUGAUUCACAAAGUUUUAUAACCGUUAAUUUUAUACGAAUAAACAGUGUUAUCACGGCA